GUAUCCCAAAAGAAGAAGAAACAGAAUAAAACUUUGCGAGCCUCCGUCGAUGCUUGGCACCUUCACCAGUUGCAUCAUGGAUACACAAUUCUCUUUUGUCUUCCCUUCCUUUUAUCUUAUCUCGUACUUAUUCCUGGGAAGCUAUAAAUAAGAAAGCAGAGUAAUUGGUGGGUCACUCAUCAUCUAUCAAAACCAAACCAGAGCAAAAACAAAAAACAAUGGCAAAUUUGUUCAUCAAGCAAGCAGAGCAGUACGCACAAGGUCGACCAAGCUACCCACCACACUUGUUCCAAUUCAUUGCCUCAAAGACUUCCCAACAAGAUCUUGCAUGGGAUGUCGGCACUGGUAGUGGUCAGGCUGCUCGAUCUUUGGCUGAGAUUUACAAUAAUGUGAUAGCAACAGACACGAGCUCAAAACAGCUUGAAUUUGCUACAAAACUCCCCAAUAUCCGAUACCAACAAACCUCACCAACAAUGUCCUCGGCCGAGCUUGAACAAAAAGUGGGAGCAGAAUCAAGUGUAGAUCUAGUGACCAUAGCCCAAGCCAUGCACUGGUUCGACCUUCCUGUAUUUUACAAACAGGUGAAAUGGGUAUUGAAGAAACCCCAUGGGAUCAUCGCGGCAUGGUGCUACACCACCCCAGAAGUCAACGACUCCAUGGACAAGGUGCUUGAACGAUUUUACAAAAACCCAUACUGGGAUUCAGCGCGACAGAUGGUGGAUGAUAAGUACAAAACCAUCGAUUUUCCGUUUGAGGCAGUCGAUGGAGAGGAUAGUACAGGACCGUUUGAGUUUGAGAAUGAGAGAUGGAUGGGUUUAGAGGAUUACUUUACUUACUUAAGAUCAUGGUCCGCGUAUCAGAAGGCUAAGGAGAAGGGUGUGGAGCUUUUGAGCGAGCAUGUGGUUGAAGAGUUCAAGCGUGCUUGGGGUGAAGAUGAAAAUGGUGGGCAAAAACUGGUUAAAUUCCCGAUUUAUCUGAGGAUCGGAAAAGUGGGUGCAUAACUACCAUGAUUGGUUAUCGUAAUGCUAAAUGAGAAGAUCAGAUGAGAUAACUGGGGUCUAAUAAUAAAUAGCUUUUUUUUAUAUUCUUGCGGUUUCCAUUAUUAGCUCUUUGAAAGGAAAAAAUAUUACAUGUGAUAAGUAACAUAGACAUAAUUUUAUUCCAACAUCUCUUUCCUUUCUUAUAAAAAGAAGUUAUUGAUGUCUUCUUUCA